AUGGCUCCAAUUGUAGAUAGGACAACCAGAACCAUUGGGGGAGUUAAGGUCUACCUUUAUGGACUUGGACAAUUGCCCUCCCCAGACAUAAGUUCUCCGCCCAGCGUGGCCGUGUGCUAUUUGUUUCACGGAAGGGGCCAGAACAAGGAGUACAUUGAGAAGAUUGGACUCCAAAUCUUGGAGAUUUACUCCUCCAAUUGCAAUGGAAGGUCUCUGCCUCUCAUAAUGGUCAAUUUUGAUAUGCGUAACCACGGGGAGCGCUUGAUUGAAACCGAAAGAAAUGAUGAGUGGAAGCAAGGCAAUAUCACGCAUGCGAUUGACAUGAUAUCAAACAUUGAUGGCUCCGUUGAUGACGCGUGUCUGAUAUCGAACAUGCUCCCCGGAUUGUAUCCCGGGUACGUAUUCAGGAACUUAGCCUUGGGCAUAUCAAUGGGUGGCCAUGCCUGUUAUAGAAUGGCUGUUCGAAUUCCUGAUAAUAUUGAAUGUAUCAUCCCUAUCAUUGGGUGUCCAGACGUCAGUAGCCUUUUGCUAAAUCGUCUGAAGGAAUCCAGAGAGCUGACACUGAAUUUUCGAAGACUCUCGUACGAAGAUCUGAAGUUGAACUCGGGCGACAGUGAAAAAUGGCCUGAAAGUUUCCACAAUUACGUCACCAAACAGGACUACCAAAUCUCGGAGAACUUCCCAAACCAUGUCAAAGUGCUGGCAUUAUGUGGAGAGCUGGAUAAGCUGGUUCCCAAGGAGUAUACAGAGGAAUGGGUGGAGGAGAUGGAGAAUGCAAGAGCCGGAGGAGAUUCGGUGACACUGUAUAUAGAUAAAGAGGCCGGACACCAAACAACGGACAAAAUGGUGAAGGUCAUCGGACAGUGGUUAAGUGAUUUUUUACGGGUUUACUAG